AUGUACGACGUAAUUUUCCGUUCGAAAACUUUUCCAGAAAACUUCGAUUCCGAUUUCCGUGUCAUUGUACGUCGUGGCGUGGCUGCAUUAAGCUAUUCCAAACGUCAGGCAGAUUAUUCGAGCCGUUUCCGACAUUCGGGCGAAACGUCGAAAGUUAUGUCGUUCCUUUUCGCGGGAGAUUGGCCGAUUCCGCGGGGCGAAUUAAGCGCGAUUGCGCUCGACGCGUGCCGGAGCGGCGGCCGCGCCGCGGUGAUCUUGAUUUAUGCGCCACGAACGCGCCCGAUGCGGCAGCGUAAU